CUUUAUUUGUUUUCGCAGGUGACGUGGAUGUUUUUACACUAUUUUUAUUAUAUUUGUGUGCAAACCGAAGACUACGGGCCGUUCACAAUAUUUCCUGUGAUAGAAAGUGUGCAGCAAUUAUCGGUAAAAUGGCCCUCAUGACGAUGAUAGCUAGGUUUGUUGAUGGGCUUCCGCUGGUGGGAACUAUGCAAGAAGAUGAGCAGUCCGGUCGAAGCAUAUUAGAAUACCAGAAUCAGGCAAAAUUGCUCUUUCGGAAGCUUGGGCCCAACUCGCCUACAAGAUGCAGCAUAGAAACCGGUCCUUACCUAUUUCAUUAUUUAAUUGAGCAUGAUGUUUGCUAUUUGGUUAUGUGUGACAAGAUGUUUUCAAAGAGGAUUGCCUUCAACUAUCUGGAGGAUAUUGCACAGGAAUUUCACAACAAUUAUGGUCGGCGUGUAAACACCGUAACCCGGCCGUACGCUUUUAUAGAGUUUGAUAUAUAUAUUCAAAAAGCUCGAAAGUCUUUGACCGAUCGCCGAAGGAACAUAAAUACAAUCAAUAAUCAGCUGCAAGACGUACAAAGGAUUAUGGUUCAAAAUAUUGAUGAUGUUUUGCAACGCGGCACGGUGCUGUCUGAGUUGGACACCAAAACGCAGAACCUGUCAAUGCUUUCCCAAAAGUAUAAGAAAGAUGCAUCGUAUCUGAAUCGUAAAUCGCUUUACGUUAAAGGAGCAGUCGCAGGCAUAGUUUUAAUUGUUUUUGUGUUAUAUUUUUGGGUUAUUUAAUAGUAAAAUUGUAACAUAACAAAUAAUACGUUUCAUAAUGGGUAAUACAGUGAUAUAUGAGGGAUGCUAAACCG